CGGACAGUCUCGAUCGAGUCCUUGUCGUCGAAUGAUUAGAUUCGUCCUUCUUGUCUGCGUGUUGUUUUCGUCGUCGUUUCCCGUAAAAUUGCCACGAUCGGCAGAGGAAGAGACGGAAAUGUCAAAAAUGUUCGCGUUAGAUUUCGAAGUUUUCGGCAUCGUGCAAGGUGUAUUCUUCAGGAAGUACACGCAGAAACGCUGCCAGGAGCUGGGUCUGAAGGGAUGGUGCAUGAACACCCCGAACGGUACCGUACUUGGCCACAUGCAAGGGACAAAGGAGCAGAUCAACGAGAUGAAACAAUGGCUUCGCUACGUCGGAAGCCCUCAAUCCCGGAUCGACAAGACGGAAUUCCGUAACGAGAAAGAAAUCACGCAGCCGUCGUUCACCAACUUUGAGGUCCGAAGUUAGAAAUGUUCUCUAAUUUUCGAAAACGAGAAAUAACAAUACACGCAUUAACGUUCAAAUUUUUAAAUUAUUUAAGUCGCGUCUGAUAAUAAAACUAUAUUUAAAUAAAUGUA